AUGUUGCAACCCCCUAAUAGUGAGGAACGGAUUUUAUUUUGGUAUGGGGGUGAAAUUGAGGGAAGCAUUCCCCAACCUUUACAAGCCCUUCGUGCCUUGCGUGGGGAGCAUUAUAACAACACCAAAAUUAUCCAGUUAAAGGAUAUGGUUCCAACUGCUAGGAUGGAGGGAAAUACAACUUUGGUUGAUGCUACAGAAGUGAUUGAUGACCCUAUGGAGACUAAUGAGGAUGAGAAAUCUAAAAAUAAAAAACUAGGGAAGUCAAAGGUGUGGAAUCAUUUCAAACUUUUAGAGAUGAAAAAAGGCAAAGUUCGCAGGGCGGAGUGCAAAUAUUGUCACAAGGUUUAUCAAUGUGAUUCUAAGAAGCAUGGUACGUCAUCCUCACCUUUUACGUGA